AUGAAAAUAAAAUUUGUGCUGAUGUUGUUUUUAUUUUGCGUGGCAAAUGCAAAUAUACUUAACAAGGAUCCCAACAUUUUAAAAUUUAAAGCGUUUAUUCUUCGUGCACAAAAUAGUCGGUACAAAAUUUUAAACCUGCACAACAGCAGCAUUAAAAAGAUUAAAGAAAUCCAAAAGAGCAUCAAAACUAACGUUUUUGUGAGCAAGCAAAUCAAGGAUUUCUCUAAAAAAAUAGACGCCUUCAAGUUGCAGCUAAUCAGCACCCCCGCCCUCUCCGUAGUUAUUAAGUAA